AUGUUUGGUUCCAUAAUUAUUUUACUUUUACAUAUUUGAAUGCCGAAAUUUAAUUGUGUUAGUUCCAUCACUUAACUAACCAAAUUCUACUGCGUGUCUAUAUGAGAUAAUAAAUAAACAAAAGUUUUCGGAAAAAAUCGUUGGGGGUAUUUGAAACGUCUGAUGAGGAAUGAAACUAGUCCAGCUAUUAGGCUUUUAUGUUCUAUGUCUAACUUUAGUUGCAUGUAAAAAGAAACCUGAGAUAAAACAGCGUGGUCCGCAUGAAUUUAAUUAUGACAAUCAAGGCGCCGAUUGGCAUGACGCAUGUCAUAAUGGUCGUAGACAGUCACCCAUAAACAUCGAUUCUGAACAGGCUACUAAGGACUCAAUAUCGCCAAUUAACUUUGUCAGCUAUGACGUACCGCUGAAAACUCCAAUAAAGGUAACCAAUAACGGGCAUUCAGUCUAUAUGCAUAUACCAGAUACAAUAAAUGGCGAAAAACCGUAUAUAAAUGGCGGAAUGCUAACUGGUGACUUUGAAGCUAUAGAAGUUCACUUCCAUUGGGGGUCAGUCUCAAGAAAAGGAUCAGAACAUGCUAUCAACAGGGAGCGCUUCGACGUUGAGAUGCAUAUUGUGCACAAGAGAACAGAUUUCUAUUCUGUAGCAGCUGCAAAGCUUAAAGAUGGUGGACUGGCUGUGCUGUGCAUCUUUCUCAGAGCUUCCUCUGAUACAGACUCUGAGGUUUAUGGCCUGAAUAAUAUAUUCAACCAAUUACCGCGGCUUCUAAAACCAAACUCAUUCGUCUCCAUUUUCGGAGAGUUGUAUUUGAAAGACAUUUUGGGAAACUUAGACACCGAUGAGUUUUACACGUACAAUGGCUCCUUGACCACUCCAACCUGCAAUGAAGUUGUAACUUUUACUAUAUUCACUGAUGUGCUGGACGUGAAAAGGACGCACAUAGAAAAAUUCUGGGCUUUGCGCGACUCAAGAAAUAAGCUAUUGAUAAACAAUUAUCGCAACUUUAUGCCCAUAAAUGGUAGACCCAUCUAUUUUAGAGCUGGUCAGCAGAAUAUUCAAACAAUGCCCAAAAGUUAUCUUGCAAUGCUCCUCAUUCUCUCUAAAACAAUUAUUCGGUUUUACAAAUAAAAUUGAAAGAAAUUGAUUAUUUUA